AUGGCGAGCGGGAGCAAGUACGAAGAGCUCAUCGCCGAGGACGUGGCAUACCACAAAGCUUCGACGCCGCUGGAAGACAUGCCGAGCUGCACGAACAUGUUUGACAAGUGGGCGCAGUGUUUUGCGCUCGGCCCGCAGAUCAAGGCGGUGUACCGGUACGGCGGCCUGCAGGACUGCAGAGACAAGCUGGACGACUUCAAGUUCUGUUUGACCAUGAAGGGCAUGUCGCCGGAAGAAAAAUACGAGACGUGGAUCCGAAGAAAGGCUGAAAAGACGGCAAGCCAACGACUCGGCAGGGAGAGCUCAGAGAACGUGUGGCAGAUCAGAAGGGAAACCCGCACCAACGCCGCAUCCAACCCGCCUUCGAUCUUCCGCCCGCCGCUGCUCGGCCUGACCUUGACCCGCGCGUCUAUCCCGCCUGCUUUCUUCGGGGAAAUGGCAGGGUGGGCGCAGUGGGGUCGGUUGGACCUGGGUAGCGGUAGUGCCACAGGCGCUUUAAAGCGGUAG